UUUCUUUCUCUUUCUCUUUCUCGUUCUCUUUCUAUCUUACUUAUUUAUUUUCGCGCGCGCGAGUUUGAGAGUUCUGAGUUUUCGCAGAGAGGGUAAGCUGGCCGCCGCUCCAAUGACGAUUAAGUUUGGUGUCAACAAAAAGAGCCAGUCUAUUCCGUCAAUCGUACGCUAUCGGUAAUAAUCGGCGUCGAUUAACACUUUUGGCCUAACUUGCCUGACAAUGCCGGAUACUUACACACUUACAACGUGAGCGAUUACUUGUCUCGCGGAUCAUCGGUGGGAUAAUGAUUACAGAACAAACUUGGACCAUGAUGCUGGAUAGCGAUGUCACUGGCAUCAACGAACUGGCUAUUUCACCGAGAAAACAACUAUGGAUCAAGGCAGUGAAGAAGUUGACUUCUGAAAGAUUAGGAAGGGAAGGACUAGCUGCUUGGGAGACUCCUAAACUAGAUAACGACGACCCGGAACUGGGCGAUGAUACCAACGAUGACGCAACCAACGAUGAAACUCAAAUCUCAACGGAUCCUGAAGCUCUUUUAGCUGAAGCUGCUGUGCCCGAAGAUGAAGCUCAAAUUCAUCGAGAUGUCUUCAAGAAAGGGGUGCUCUAUAAGGGGAUAUUCUGUCCUUCGUUGACCAACAACUUUCACAGUAAACAAUUGGAGACCUCGUAUCUUCAUUACUCAAAUCGACAACGACAAAAAGCAUUAAUCAUGCUUAAUAUCGUCGAUCUUGGACUAAAGAUCGCUUUAGUUUCUAUCUGGCUUUGGAGAAGAGAAAAGAACAGCGGUGGUCUCAUUGAAUCGUUAUCAUGGGCAUCGUGUUGUAUAGCUGCUAAUCUUAUGGUCUGCAUUCUAGGAUGGUGGAGAUGUUUUUCGAACAAUUAUUUAUACUGGGCCUCGAUAUUUACCUGGUUAUUAAUCAAUUCGCAAGGUUUUAUUGGAGCUGGACUAAACUUUUCGUCGCAACAACGCUUGAUGUGGUACAUCUUAUUUGUAGUUUAUGCACCUUAUGCUAUGUUACCUCUUCCUUUGAGAUGGUGCGUCCUUGCUGGUUAUGGUACAGCCUUUACACACAUGGCGAUGGCUGGUAUUAGUUUAUUGCACGAUACCACAUAUUUACAGGAUGUAACGUGUAUCGUACGUAUGCUAACAACCAAUGUACUCCUUUAUCUUGCUGUCAAUCUCGCAGGAAUGUAUACGAAAUAUUUGACGGACAGAGGUCAAAGACAAGCAUUCUUAGAAACUCAUCGUUCGAUGGAAACUAGACAGCGAACUCAGAAUGAAAAUAACAGACAGGAAAAACUGUUACUUUCUGUUUUGCCAGAUUUUGUAGCGAAAGAAAUGAUAAGCGAUAUUGCUCGUGAAACAGCUAGGGGAGGUACAAUAUCUUUCACGCCCAAUCAAUUUCAUAGAAUUUAUAUUCAUCGUUACGAAAACGUUAGCAUUCUUUUUGCCGAUAUCAAAGGAUUCACUGCAUUAGCUAGCCAAUGCAGUGCUCAAGAAUUAGUAAAGGUUUUGAACGAUCUAUUUGCACGUUUCGAUAAACUCUCAUCGGAGAAUCAUUGUCUUCGUAUAAAACUUCUUGGAGAUUGCUAUUAUUGCGUGUCCGGGUUACCAACAGCUAGAAGCGAUCAUGCUCAUUGUUGCGUCGAAAUGGGCUUGUAUAUGAUCAAAGCCAUUCGUGAUGUACGAUACACGACCAAGGUAGAUUUAAACAUGAGAAUAGGUAUUCAUAGUGGUUCGGUAUUGUGCGGAGUUUUAGGACUGAGAAAAUGGCAGUUUGAUGUUUGGUCGUACGACGUAACUUUAGCCAAUCAUUUGGAAAGCGGUGGCAUACCAGGGAGAGUACAUAUAUCGGUGGACACAUUGAAGUGUUUAGACGAUGUUUACGAAGUUGAGCCGGGCAAUGGCGUAGAGAGGGAUAAUUAUUUGAAGGAGAGAAACGUUGAAACAUAUUUAAUUAAACAAAUAGAACCUCAAAAAUCGAGAAGAAGAUAUUCCUCGCGUCCAAAAAUUUGGAAUGAAGAGGAUGGGCAUAAUAAAGGGAAGAGAAGUUUCAAAAUUGGUAACCCAUUGUCGAGUAACAGCAAUAACCCUAAUACUUCACAAGACGAAGACGCUGCGGUUGACUGGACACCUGAAAUACCAUUUGAAAAUUUGAACAAUGCUACGUCUAUCAGUAACUUGGAAUCAGAAUACUUGGAAGAUGAGAAUGGUGUUGCUAAAAGUACUAAGGCUGCUACUGAAAAAGAAACUGCAAGCAAUAAAAGAAUGAGGUCAGCCAAUAUAAAUGCUUGGACUUUACGUUACAACGACGAGAGUCUUGAAACUAAGUUUGGGCAACUGCGAGAGGACAUGUUCAAAUCAAACAUGAUAUGUUGUUUCGUAAUUUGGCUCUUCAUCGCUAUCUGUCAGGCCAUCAUUUUACCAACUUGCAUAAUCUUGCUGAUCUGCCUACUAACUACAACAGCCAUUUUGAUGGCAUCAUCGGUACUAGUUAUGGCCGAAGAGUUCAAAGGGAUGCCAUUAUACCUUCAACAUGCUUCUUCUAUGUUAGUUCAUAAUAAACGACAUCGUACAAUUUUUAUAUGCGGAAUUAUCAGCCUGAUGGCACUGACAUCGAUAGUAGGAGUGACAGUGUGCCCUAUACAAACUAGACAACAUCCAGAAGUAUUGGUACUCGAACAACAGCAAUUAACAACUGCUACAACGGAACAACCAGGAUCGACAAUAUCAACAACAACAAAAACAACAACAACAACAACAACAACGGUUGGCCUUGACAAAUUUAUUUUAACGUUUUUAGAAGCAGCGCUUCAAGACGAGUCUACCCAAGUGGCUGACAAUCGAACGGUAACUCAUGACUCUGGCGAUAUUAAAGUCAAAUUAACUAGGCUUUUCAAUGGUAAAACAAGCUCGAGCCAAGGUCAUAAUAGAAAAGAAUUCUUCAGGUUUUAUAAAUAUGAGCAACAUUAUGUUCCUGGACUUCGAAGACAUUAUCGAAGAUUUGCUCGUAAACGUGCCGAUGAUGAUAUGAUCUUGAGGAAAAUUCUUUCGAUCCCUGAAGAUCCUAUGCAUAACCAACAAUUUCCCUAUACAAAUGUUCACGAAGAUUAUAUUGACAACUCCUCCAGCUGCAUUCGUUCUGAAUACAUCGUUUUUACUUGGAUUCUAUGUCUCAUUGCAUUAGCAUCGGCUCUGAAAUUAUAUUAUUUAGUUAAAACAGCUUUAGCUACGGCUAUUGUCUUGGUUUAUGCUGUAUUGAUACUCGUUGUCUAUAAGGAUUUAUUUUCCGAUGGACCCGAUCAUAACAAUACUACAUCAAUACCGCUCUCUGCACAAAUGUUGGUCUUCCUAGUAGUAUUUCUCGUAAUGGUAACUUAUCAUGGACGAUUGGUAGAAGUAACAUCUCGAUUGGAUUUCCUUUGGAAGCAGCAAGCUGAAAGAGAACUCGGUGAUAUGAUAGAAUCCCGUCAUAAUAACAUGCAAUUACUGAAGAAUAUUUUACCCGAUCAUGUAGCUCAUCAUUUUUUAACUCAAGAUCGUGCUCCGGAGGAACUAUAUUCUCAAUCACGCGACAAAGUUGGCGUUAUGUUUGCCAGCGUACCAAACUUUACCGAAUUUUAUUCGGAAGAUGUUAACAAGGGAAUGGAAUGUAUACGUCUGUUGAAUGAAAUUAUUGCUGAUUUUGAUGAACUUCUCGAUGAAAAUCGUUUUCAUUGUAUUGAAAAAAUCAAAACUGUUGGUGCAACUUAUAUGGCAGCGUCCGGUUUGAAUCCGACACAAAAUGAGAAGAAUAAAGACGAUAUGGAACAUUUGUGUAGAUUGGUAGAUUAUGCAGUUGCAAUGAGACUUCGUUUAGAGGACGUGAACGUUCACUCAUUUAAUAACUUUGAUCUGAGAGUUGGUAUCAGUUGUGGACCAUUGGUAGGGGGAGUUAUUGGGGCAAGGAAGCCAGUAUUUGAUAUUUGGGGUAAUACGGUUAACGAGGCAUCUCGCAUGGACUCGACCGGAGUUAUGGGAAAGAUACAAGUUCCUCAAGAAAUUGCAAGGUUUUUGGAAUCGAGAGGAUAUCAAACACAAAAACGUGGAUUAAUCGAGGUAAAAGGUAAAGGUACUAUGGAAACAUACUUUGUUCUUGGAAAAGGAACGUUAAAUCAAGAGACUACAACCAGACAUAGAAGUACUUGCCGAAGUUUGGCUGCUGUUGUUUACGGUGUAGUGCAGGCUCGUCGUAAGCAAAUGAGAGCUUUGAGAAGAACUUAAACAGUUUUACAAAUCAUAUGUACAUAAAUAAGGUCGAAUUUAGCACGGCUGACCUGUUGUUAAAAAUCCAAAAAUUAUCGUGCAUUAUAUCUCUUUUGUUGAAACAUUUACAAAAAAAAGAUUUACAUUUAUACCCCAGAUCGCGUUACGAGUUGUGGUAUUUCUUCAAUA